CAUCUUUGUUACUUAAAAGCCACCUAUAUUAUCUGUUUAUUUCCUUUAAAUCAUGAUCCCUAUGAUAUCCCAACAGACCGUUCUGACAUUUACUACACCCAAGAAUCAAGCAGAUGAACAAGGAGCUCUACUGCAAGUCAGCCUCCUAAAUGAAAAAGUCUGGUGGAGCUGAAGAAGACACGGAGGUGAAGAUACAUGAGAUGGUGGAACUGGUUCUCCGGGAGGCACACGGGACACUGGGACAGCCGGGAGCUCGGGAGGUCCACGAUGGGGGUGGCUUUAGGAAGGACCGGUUACAGCCCAAAGAUCAGCCAAGCCUGAGGCGGGAGGUGAACGGCUGCCAGGAGGGUGACAACGAGCUCCACACAACUGCAGAGUUCAGAGCACACGUGGCCAAGAAACUGGGAGCAAUGCUGGACAGUUUCAUCACUGUUUUGAAGGACUCGUCAGGACCUUCUCAGACCUCUGUGCCACAGUCUGACUCUGCAGAUGAUGGUUUUCGCCUCUUCUCCUCCUCUGUCCCUGGAGACUGUGGGAAACCAGAGCCUUGCCCUGCAGCAAGGAGGAGGCGCCCAGUGAGCUCCAGCGACACGGACAGUGACCAGGAAUGGCAAAGGUUCCAGGAGGCUGCUGUGUCAGCUGCAGAUAUUCUGAAGCAAAGUGCUUUUCCUGCACUGUCCCAGGAUUCCAGCCAGGAUCAGAGUCAGGGUUGUGUAGAGCACAACCAGAAAAAGAAGAAGAAGAAGAAGAAAAUUAAGGGAGAGAAAAACAUUCAAGAGAAAAGAAUAGACCCAGUAGAGUGUGACCAGAUCUGCAAAGAUUUGCCUCGGCUGGUGUCUGCAAAUGGACAGCAGGAGAGACAGAACAGCAAUCAUGGAGACAACUCAGUGCUACCAGGAGCUGUGAAGAAGAAAAGGAAGAAGAAAAAAUUAGAAUGAUGGUUUUAUUCUGCAAACAGCAGGCGGUUGUGAUGGAUGAAGGAAAUGAAAGAAAACUUAACAACAAGAGUUGCUGCAGAGGAGAGAAAAUUAAUUGGCAGAGCUUCUGUUCUAAAAGCUCAGUGACCUGAGAGACUAAUUAAGUGCCUUCCUGUGCUGUUGGCACCCCUGUGGAAGGGAACAUUGUUCUCCUCACAUGGCAGUUGUCUGUGCUGCUGCCUGUGCAGGCCAACCCUAAAAGGACGAAAUCCUGUGCCAGACUUGUUUGACAGAGGGGUGUAAUCACAGCUGCAUCCCUCCUGCUCUGUCUUCUCAUCAUGAAACCAAAUCUGGUGUCCUGGAGAAAGUACAUGAUGAAUUGAAUUUGGUUUACAUGGCAACAGACAAAAAGCUGUAAGGAACCUUUAGUAAGAAUAAACACCACAAGGUUAAACAGUGGGACAAACCACCUUGAUAUCAGUUUUAGAGGACAGACGUAGAAGAUUUCCAGGACCUCAUAAAAGACUUAUUUUCUUCAGCAAGAGACCAGAAAGCAGCAAAAUUCUCAGGUGAGAGAAGCCUUCAUUUCCCCGAGGUGGGUUCUGAAUUGCUGCCUUGGACCAGACCCUGCUCAGACAGAGGUUCAGAGCUGUGAAGUGCUCAGGACCAUCCUCUGGGCCUUUCCUCAGGAGCUGCAAGCCCUGCACAGCCUGGAGCCGGGCUGGGCACAGAGGGAAGAUAUGGUCUGCACCCAGAGCACCAUGUGGCCUCCCUGCAGGGCAUUAACAAAGCUCAGAUGGACCCAGAAGACUUUCUUUGCGUGGCUAAAAAGAAGUAACAAUUCAGAGUUCACGUAAAAACAUGUAAUGAUUCCUUAUACACACAGAAGUCCUGACGAUGCUGCUUCUGCUUGCCUUGGAGACCUUCAGCUGCAGAGGCCUUCUUUUGAAACCAGUGAACUCUGAAGUCUAUAAACCCAGAAGUGAACAUCUGUUUUUCUGCUGGGACCUCACUGAAUGCUACAACUGGAUGCCAUGUGGAGAACUGAAUAUGGAAACCUUUCAAAUACUAAGGAGAAGGACAGAAGAAUCCCAGGCAUCACCUCCACCAAGAGCAAGAGAACCUGUGUUGCACAUGCAGCAUCCUCCUGCUGCUGCAUCCCAAAACCUCAGGUGGCUGGAACAUGUUGCAGUUUCCUCUGUAUUGAUGGAGGAGCUGAGCUAGCAAGGAUGAAGGGAUCCACCCAGGACUACACAGCAGCUGCUGACAGAACAGAGUUACGUCAUGUCCAACCGUAUGUUCAAACUGGCUCUUGUCCCUCCCACGCUGGAAGGAACAAUGAAUGGGAAUGCACAGCUGGACUGGGACAACUGAUCCAAACUCCACAAAGCCCCACUUGCACAAACCGCUGCAAGUGAACUCCCGGGAGGUGGGAGCAGAACACACCACUUCUGCAUUUGGCAAAAACAAGGAAGGACGGAGGGUUCGGCAGCAGAAACCGGGGAGAGGCAAGAUCAGUGUAAAUGUAGCAGUUCCCCUGCCUGGGACCUGUGCAGGUUUGAUACAGGGCUGGUGAUAACACAGAGCAUGUAAUUUUUAUUUGGUCAAAGCACAUGGAACGUUAUUUUCCUUCUUUAAAAACCCACUUCGAGCAUCUCAUCCUACCGCUUUUACUUGGUUUCCAAGAUCACAAAUUCAAAAACACAGCAAUCUCCAGAAAUACCUGUGAAUUUAAUAAAUUAAACCACCGGCGUGUAACUACCUUA